CAAUCGGAGAAGUGCGUAUCGCAGAAUAUAGGUUUCAGCCUCAGCUCGCAGUAGUUUUUGCUUAGACUGGCUUUCUAAAGCUAGAACUUUCACAAUGGCGAAAACGGAAAGCCGCAAAAGAAAACUGAAACCAGUGAUCGAGAAAAAAAGAAGAGACCGAAUCAAUCAAAACCUUGCUGUGCUUAGGGCUUUACUGUUUGACAGCACUGCAGACACGCGUUUACAAAACCCCAAACUGGAGAAAGCAGAAAUUUUAGACCUGGCUGUUCAGUAUAUAAGAAAUAACACAUGUGACAAGACAAACAUGAAAGGGUCUAUUUAUCAGACUGCCAUUGAAGCUGCACAUACUCAGAAAUGCUCAUCAAGCCUGGCUUCUGAUGCACAAACCAAUCUAUGUGCUUUGGAAUUUACUUCUCAUAUGGGUCAAAAGCAACACUUUGAGAGGGAGAAUUCCAAAAUAAGUCUGGAGUGCUGUCUGGAUUGCCAUUCUUCUAGAGCUGGGAGAGAAUCAGAAGCCAAGUCACCUGACUCGGAUACUAAACUCUGUUCAUCUUCAUCAGCAUCUCAUCUAGUAUUAACAGAGCCAACUUCAAUUGCUUGUAAAUCUGCCUAUCAAAACACCAUUGAUUUUCCUCCAUCAGAACAGCUCUCCCCUCCACCCUCCCCACUAUAUCUACCUUUUGCCUCCUCUGUUUCUCCCCCCUCCUCCCAUCUACCCCACUUUACAGCUUUCUCAGUCUACAGUCCUAGAAGUUUGCCUCAACUCUUACAGCUUCAUAAAUCCAGCUCUCUUCCUUCGCCAUCAUCUCUUUAUCUGGGUACAAGAGAAGUGUUCCCUCAAUCCCAAACAACAUGGAGACCAUGGAGCUGAAAUAAAAUAGAGUGCUGAUAUCUCAAGAUUUGACCAAGAAGAAACAAUAGGGUGUUCACAGACACCUCAAAGACAUGUGGUAUCUGAACGACAAACAUUUUUCAAUGCUCAAUUGAAAGUCUUUUAAACAUUCCAAUGUCCAAAUGUAUUUGGAAGCCAGUUCAGUGUCUUAAUGUACUCUAUUUAUUGACAAAUGGGGGUGAAUCAAUGGAAACAUCACUGUAAAUAGUAAAUAUAUUAAUUGUAAAUAGCAUUUCACUACCUUGUCACAGAUGAAUAAACCCUUCAUA